ACCCCAGCCCUCUUCCCUGAACCCCAGGGGGGAACUCUGCUGUUCUCCUGUGAAUCCUGGGCAUCCCAUUGCCUCUCUGAGCCUCAGCGGGAAUUCUGAUCUCCCCACCCCCCACAUUCUGCGCUCUCCUGGGGACCCCAGGUCUCCCUCUUCUGAACCCCAGAGAGGACCCAACCUCUUCCCCCCGGGACUCUGAACCCAAAAGAACCUCCUCUGAAAUACACAGAGGACCCGGCGCCUCUUCCUGGGUACCCCAAACUCCGAGCCUUAGUGGGGUGCACUAAGGAAACCCAGUUUCCCUUUUGUGAAUCCUCCCAGCGGGGACCCCAGAGCAGCCCCUCGGAGCUCCAGCGGGCGCUCCGUCCUCCCUGUGAAGCCCGCGGAGCCCCUCCUGGGUACCCAGGUUCUCCCUCCGAGCCUCAGGGGGACCAUCUCCUGUGCUGUGCUCCUGUGGGUACCCACUCUUACCCCGAACCUCAGAGGGUUCCCCGGCAGUGGUGUAUGUUUUGUUUUUAUUUUUUUCCUCUCACAAGCCCCAGAGAGGCUCUCAUCUCCCCCAUGUGGGAAACCCUAGCACCGUUCCCGUAAGUUUCAGGGAAGAUUCUGGUCUUCCUCGUUCAUAACCUGGUGGAACCUGAGCCCUGAGCCCCCUCCAAAGACUCAGCCAGGCCGGCGGGGCCCUCGGGACCCCUUCUCGGCGCUGCCUCCCGUGACCCUGGCCCUGAAGCCCGCUGGCCAUAAAGAUGAUGAUGUGGCCCAACUUCUUCAUGCAAGAGGAGGAGCGGUGGCGGGAGGCGGGCCGGCGGCGGGCGCACGGGCAGCAGAGCGCGGGGCUGACGCCGGAGCGGGAGGGCAAGAUCAAGCUGCUGCUGCUGCUGGCCGCGCUGGGCGCCACGCUGGCCGUGCUGGCCGUGGGCACCGAGUUCUGGGUGGAACUCAACACCUACAAGGCGAACGGCAGCGCCGUCUGCGACACCGCCCACCUGGGGCUGUGGAAGAUGUGCACCAAGCGGCUGUGGCAGGCGGACGUGCCCGCGGGCAGGGAGACCUGCGGCCCCGCGGAGCUGCCUGGAGAAGCAAACUGCACCUAUUUUAAAUUCUUCACUACGGGGGAGAAUGCACAUAUCUUCCAGAGAACCACAAAGAAAGAGGUGAAUCUGGCAGCUGCAGUGAUAGCAGUGCUGAGCCUGACAGUGAUGGCCCUGGGGUGCCUCUGUAUCAUCAGGGUGCUCAGCAAAGGGGCAGAGUUCCUGCUCAGAGUUGGAGCCAUCUGCUUUGGCCUCUCAGGCCUGCUGCUCCUGGUGAGCCUGGGCGUGUUCCGGCUUUCCGUGAAAGCCCUGCUGGAGAGCGUGGGCCCCGAGCCGCCCCCGGCGCCCGCGCUGGCCUACGAGUACUCCUGGUCCUUGGCCUGCGGUGUGGCCGCCGGGCUGGUGCUGCUGCUGGGGAGCGGCUGCGUCCUGCUGCUCCUGCUGCCACCCUGGCCCUGGGGGACCCUCUGCCCCAGGCCGGGCCCCGGGGGCGCCUAG